GAUCGAAAUUGUUGCCAAGGUUGGCGCGUAUGUCGAGGUACUAUGCUCCAGUUAUUUUUUUGAAGGGAUAGUAUCAGAUUACUUGAUCGUGAUUCUGUCAGCACACUCGAACUACUUUCCAUCAGUCGACAAUAUUUUAAGAACUCCAAAGGUUUUUUCACCUACUACCACUGAUGCCGUCGUCUAGGACAGCUAGGAUAAGGCGAAAUUCCGUACCGAAUAGGUGCACAAUCAUCAAGUGUAUGAGGAAAACAAUCUUCAGUUUUGUUUUCUUAUUGGUCGGUCUUUCAACAGGACUCAUAGGACCAAGUAUUCUAUAUUUGGAAAAGUUAGCUGGCUCACGAGAGGAUGAAACAGCUCUUGUUUUUACGUCGAGGGCCGUUGGGUGUAUUGGUGGAUGGAUAGUUAGCUGUUUAUUACUGGAUUCAGAAGGUUCUGCUAAACCAAAUGAUUUACUGAGUGUUGGACUUUUCGGCCUAGUGAUAUCCAAUGGUCUUAUUAUUUUCGUUAAACAUCUUUGGUGGAUGCUGGCAGUUUUUUUUCUUCAAGGUUUAUUUGUAACAAUUUCUUUGCAAGGAUGUGUUUAUCAUCGUGAGAACGUAAAACAUCGACUCCACAUUGUCCCACAAUAUUUAACAAGUGUUUUCUUAUUGGGUUGUGUAUUUACUCCAUAUUUUAUUUUAUUUAUUGAGCCAAAUUUAAAUGCCAUUACACCAUUAGAUGUUCAUCCCAGUACUACACUGAAUGAACCACAGCAUUCACAUAAGCAUAACUUCAUUUCAAACGUAUCUAAUGUAAUUCCCAUUAAAUCUGUUGAGAGUAGCAGUACUGGCAUUAGUAAACACAAUGAAAUUUCUCCACUUAUUCGUAUUCCUCGACAAAUUUCAGUUAGUACCCCACUACUGAAUAAAUCUAAUUUUGGUCUGCAAACAACACCUCAAACCACUAUGGACAUUAAUCAUCAUAAAAUAUCUACUGAUCAAUCUCACAAUUUAAAUAUAAUCAUACCUAAUUUUACGUCAACAAACGAAAUCAAUAUAAAUGAAACAUCACAUAACACUACAGUGAACUCUUCGGUUACUAUCAAACCUACAAUCAAGAAAAAGCCGUCAGUCAAUGAUGCUAAACAUUUGAACCAAGAUAGUUCAUCUGCGGAUGGUAGUAAAGCAGCGUCUAAAAUGAAGAAACUUACUGAAGAGCGUCAAAUUGAAGAAUUAGACGAUGAUCCAUCUACUCAUAAAUCACUGACCUCUGUCGUUAAUCCAAAUAAACUUCAAAAUCCUGUAGUCCAAAACCAGUCUACUAUUACCACUACUACUAUGUUAAUGAACAUCACGAAUUUAAAUUCUACCAAACAAUCAAAUAAUAAUGAUGCUAUCUCUAAAAUUUCUACAAAUUCUUCCUCUAGCCAUCUUUCAAUUCACUUGAACAAUGUUUCAAUAGGAUUUCCAUAUGACUCUAAAAUUGUUAAAGAUCAUAAAUCUAAUGAAAUUUUCAUUAAUAAUGUGAAUUCAACAAAAGAUAUUUACAUAUCUAAUGCGUCUAAACCAAUAACUAAGAAUAAAGUAAUACUUGGCAUGUAUAAUAUUACCGAUGAAGUAGGGUUAAUAACUAAUAACUCUUCUACUCAAUUCACAUUCAGUAAAUUUCCACCUGUAUUACAGUCAAACGAUAUUAUUGUAGUUAUCAAUUCAACAAAUCAUAAAUAUCAUCAUCAUCGUAUUGCUGAACACUCGUUGGAUAAAUCUCAUAAUCUGUUACCGUUUCAACAUCCAGUAGAAUCAGUUCAGAAAGUCUAUCUACUACUAAGUAUUAUUUCAAUGAUACUUUGGCUGUUGACAAUUCCAUUAACAAGUUGGUGUGAAUCGAUAUUUAUUCGUUACUUUGAUCUUCAGAUCAUAGAUGAUAAUAAUUUCGAGCUUAUUUCCGCUGGCAAACUCUCGUCACCAAGUGUGAUGCAACGAUCAGAUACUGAUAGUAAUGAAAAUCAUUCUGAAGAAGGUCUCAAAUCAAGAUUACUUGGAGGAUCAGAUGAAGACGACAGUGAGUCGGAUUCAGUUGAACUAUGGAAUCGAAGUCAUUUUAUUGAUAAAAACGAAGAGCUAGUCUGUCAUUCUGAUUCUGAAUUGAAUGAUGAUGGUGUUGUUCUGAAAAAUUCCUUAAUUAAAUCAUCUUCAGGAAAUAAUAUUUCUGGUUAUUCAGUGUCUAAAUCGAUGACAGUAUUAAAUCCUAAUGUUGUUGAUGAUAUUACCUCCUCUAUGACUGAUUAUUCUGUAUUUGAAACUCAUUGGCCAAGAAUUCAAUGGCCAUCAAAUUUUUGGCUGUUAUUAUCUGUGUUUCUAAAUAGUGGUUUGGAGACAACAUAUGCUGGCUUUGUUGCUAGUCUCACUAUCCGUUAUCUUCUUUGGUCUCCAGUAAGUAUUUAUGUUAUUCAUAUAACUAUUUAUAUAACUAUUAUUUUGUAUGAAAUACACUUGUUAUUGAGUUUCAAGUUUAAUGGUAUGUAGUUGGGUUAGACAUUCACCAUUUGAACUAGUGAUUUAUUAUUUUGUAACCUUCAUUUCACUUCUCUCAGUUUAGACUAUUUACUGGAAGUAAAUCAAUAAUUUCUAAUUCCUCAUAUGUCAAGUAUGAAUCAAAGUUCUGCUUACAUGUACCUGUGUUGUUUGCUCAUUGAUAUUCACGCUUUUUUAUUUAAUCUAUUUAAUGUUAUUUCAUGUGUGUCAACUAUCAUUAACUUUCUGUCUUAAAUUGUCAUAUUAUAUUGACAAUUUGUCACAUUAAUAUGGCUUAGCAUAGGGAUUAAAACACAAACUUUAAAUAUAGAUUAAAUUCGUUGUUUUUAUUCAAUUAGAGGUUUUAUACUAUGAGCUGUAGUUUAAUGAUUAAAUCGUUUGAAUUUCAACCACCAACUUCUAGAUCCCAACCCCUGUACACCUCUUUCGGUUUGAGUGGUAUCACUAGCCCUCAUAUUUAAAAUAUGUAUCGAGGCCUCCAAAUGGUCUGAAAGCUUGUUGAAUAUCAUUUGAUUAUAUAUACAUGAGUAUGCUAUGGUCAAUAUUUUAUAGAUGUUGUCAUUUAUACUUUCACAAAAUGAUAUAAUGACCAAGAAUUAAGCUUGUCAGUCAGAUAAUAACGUAUUGACAACCGAGUAGCCUACAGAGCUAUUUCAUUUAUUUUCUGUGAAUAAUUUGUUCAUAUAAAUGUUAUCUCAUUGUAUAAAAACUUGUUCUUCUGGUUAACGGUCAUGGUCUUUCAUUCAUUUUAACAAUUACAAACCUUAUUCAUUUACCAAUCCCCCCUUCCGUAAGAGAAGAAAAUUGUCAUGACUACUAAUUUUUAAUUCCUUUUGAAUUUGAUUUAAUCUCGGAAGUUCUCCUAAAACUAUUCCUAAAGCAUAAAUCAUUAUUAAUUGAACAGGAUAACUAUUGGAAUUAUUAAUUAUCUACCGGCAAACUAGUUAAGAACAUAUAAUAAAGGCGAAAUAUUGGUUAUUAAGCAGUAAUCCAAUUGGUAAGAUAGGUUUGAACCCUACUCCAUCUACUUUUGUUUGGAAAAAUCGGAUGAUAUCACUAGCUUUCACAUUUUUGAGUAUGGCUUAAAGUCAAGUAUACAAAUCUGUACUUGGUUGAUGUGGGGUUAUAAUUGGUUGUCAUCCACAAAUUAUAAUAUGUAAUGUAACUUAUUACAUUAUCUGGUAAAGGUUUAUAUACUUGACAUCUCUUAAAUAAGUAUAUUUGUGGUGGUUGAAUCAUAUUCGAUUGUAGCUCUAUGGUGUAAGCAAGCAUUCAACUCAACCAUCCUGAUCACAUAGCCGAAAAACUUUUAGCCCAUAUAUAAACCCAAUUAGUGAAACUCAUUAUUAUGUAUACACAAUAUGCACAUAGUUACUGGGCUGCUGAUAUCUUUAUUUUGUUAACAAAAUGGUUGUUCGUGUAACUUUAUAUCAAGUAUCGGUACAUUCAGUCCAAUUUAUUUAUUUCUUUUAACAAGACAUUAGCAAUAAUUGUGACCAGUUUGUUUUGGCUUGGUAAUCUCGUUGGCUUUUUAGUUCGUUUAUUGAUAAUCAAUAUAAAAUGGCCAGAUUUACGAGAUACUUUACCUGGUAUUUCAACCAGUCAUCUAUUACCUAAGCGUAUAUAUUCAACUAGAAAACAUCGUCGUAAUUAUGCAAAGAAUACAAAAUCAUCAAUAAUUAUUACUAUCAUACAAUUGUGUGGAUGUUUUAUUUGUGUAACUAGUUCUAUUGCAUUAACAUAUUUAUCAAUGUCAACUGGAAGAUGUUCCACAACAACAUCAUCAUCAUCAUCCCUAUUAAACAUGAAUUCAUUAUCACAUCCUUAUAUAACCUGGUUAAUCGGAAGUCUUUGUUUUGGUAUUGGUAUUGGUUUAUCAUCUUCUUAUACUGGUACAUUAAUGACUAUACAUUUAACUACAAAUUUAUUUUUUUCUAAUUCAUAUCAUAUUCAAUUAGCUACAUUUUUUGGUCAAUUAUUAAUGCCAGCAUUAAUUGCUAUGCUUCAUCAUCAAGCAUUAUUUUGGCGAUAUUCAUGUGUACAUAGUAUUAGUGUAUUAUGUUUAAGUAUAUUAAUGAGUUGUUCAUUAAUUAGUCAUUUUAUCAUUGAAACUAUUGAAAAUAAACGUAAUAAUUUAUUGAAAUCAUCUAAAACUAAUCGAAACAAUAAUCAUGAUACACAUUUACAAUAUUCUAAUGGGAAAAUUACAAUACCAUAAUUAGUUUAUAAAUUCUAAUAGGGAUAGGUAAUAAUUAUCUUCAAGAAAACUGAUGAUAACUUCGAAUAUUGUUAUCAUUUUGUUUAUUGCAAAUGUCUUUCAUCAAACUUGUCUUCAUGUGGUUAAUUGCUUUAACCUGUAAUAGUUUAUUGUAACUAUAUAUAUGUUAUUUGUAUAAUACUAAUACUAACCCUCCUUCUUCUUCCUACUCCCCUUCCCCUCCUCUCUAGUCUGAUAAUAAUGGUAUUUUGUUCAUUUGAUUGCAUUUUGUACUCUACCAUUUGUAUGUGCACUCACCUAUAUUUUUUUAUUACCGCCUUAUUUUCAUAGGUUAUCUGCAAGUUUGAUCUGUUGUUAUUUUAAUAUACUUCAUUAUGUCAUGCAUUGAAUCUAUUUGGUUUAAUACCUUAUUUUGUUUAUGAUAUUGAAUUAUAAAUGCAAACAACACAUUUUAUCAAUUGGUUUUUCCUUCAAAUAGAUAGAACUAAUCCUCUGACGUAUAGCUUCAGUUUAUCGCUUUAAAAAUUAGUAGUAAUUUAAUAUAAAUUAUUCACUAAAUACAGAUUGAUGUAUCCCACUUUAAGUCGCUUUAUUUGUGUUUGAAAGUUUAUGGUACUACCUUAAUCACACCUGUUAUCCCUAGUGAAGCAUUGG